AUAGUUGAGACUUACUUGUGUGUGGUGGGGGGAGGAGGCAGCGGUGCAGCUUCCACCCGAUGGUCUUCUUUUAAAUCUUCAACGCCGGGCGAGAAAUACAUAUCUAAACAUGGACCAGUAUAACGAGUAUUCCUAAGAAAUGUGCCAGUAUUAGUUAUUUGUCUACACAUAAGUAGCUAACGGUUUCACUAUGCCGGAUGGACAGUGUUCUUUGAUGCUUGGCAGUUCCUGAUGCAGGCCUAUUUUUUUCGAUCUGGAAAUUUCUUGACAGGAAAACCAAGAUUGGGCAGCUUGGCUAGCUAUCCCAGUAUUACCCUUUUCGCUGCAUCCCCGACUCAAAUUAUGCGGGUUAUGUCGUUGCAUUGAUUUUGCAUGACCAUAUAAUCUACUUUUAGCAUGUCAAUUUAAGUAUUAUUUUUUUAUUCAAACAUAUUUUAUGGGAUUAGCGGUAAAUCAGAAACAAAUAUGGUGAAUUGGAGGCGGCUGCUGCGGGUAUCGAACCGCUCCUUUUUGGCCUUAAUUUUUUUCUUCUCCAUGUCUACGACGUGUCUUUACUUCAUAUAUGUUGCUCCUGGAAUAGCCAACACCUACUUCUUCAUGGUGCAGGCCCAGGGUAUCAUGUUGAGGGAUAACGUGAGGACCAUUGGCCAGAUGAUCAGACUUUACACCAAUAAGAACAGUACCCUCAACGGCACAGAUUACCCAGAUGGCAGUAACUCCAGUGAAUAUAUGGUUCAACCAACCACAUACCUUCCUGAGAACUUCACAUAUGCCCAGAACCUCCCCUGUCCAGAACGCUUACCUUCUAUGAAGGGUCCUAUAGAUGUGAAUAUGACUGAGAUUCCUAUGGAGGAGAUUGAUCUGAAGUUUUCUAAGUAUCUGGAUGUUCAGUUUGGUGGCCACUGGAAACCCAAGGACUGCAAACCACGCUGGAAGGUAGCCAUCUUGAUCCCGUUCCGUAACCGCCACGAGCACCUUCCCAUCCUUUUCCAGCACCUCACCCCCAUACUGCAGAGACAGAGAUUGCAGUUCGCAUACUACGUCAUCGAGCAGUCUGGGACGCAGCCCUUCAACAGAGCCAUGUUGUUUAAUGUGGGUUUCCUGGAGGCCAUGAAGGAUCUGGACUGGGACUGUCUGGUGUUCCACGAUGUCGACCACAUCCCAGAGAAUGACCGUAACUACUACGGCUGUGGUCAGAUGCCUCGCCACUUCGCAGCCAAACUGGACAAGUACAUGUACCUUCUACCCUACAGUGAGUUCUUCGGUGGCGUGAGUGGACUUACAGUGGAGCAGUUCCGCAAGAUCAACGGCUUUCCCAAUGCAUUCUGGGGCUGGGGAGGAGAGGAUGAUGACCUGUGGAACAGAGUGCACUAUGCUGGUCUGAAUGUCACGAGGCCGGAGGGAGAGAUGGGUAAAUACAAGUCCAUCCCACACCACCACCGAGGAGAAGUGCAGUUCCUCGGCAGUUUUCAUCAGUCUUCACACCAACGUGUCCGUGCUCCCAGGGAUCUGUGGGAACAUCUCUUCUCCAUGAAUUCCACAGAUAAGGUACAAGUUACUGAGGUAUUCCAAAGAGAGGCAGCACCUGGAUGGACUGAACAACCUCAACUACACCCCUGAGAUCUCCCUGAGCUCCCUGUACAAGAACAUCACCGUGGACCUCCACCCUGACCUGGCCCCCAUUACAGACUACUGAACUCUGACCCCCACUGUCCCUGACCUCAUCACACCCCCUCACACUCCAACUGGGACCCCAAAGCAGGGCAGAGGGGGGCUGGGGGUGUGGUGGGAGGCACACCGUGUAACGCUGCCAAGAAACCUUACUCUGAAGAAAAUGUCCAACUAAAAUAUGAAAGCGGAAGGGACAUAGGGUCUGUUUAAUCGAACAAUUGUGUGUGUGUUCUGUGAGGAUUGUGGAUGUUGAGAUGGGGCGGGGUGUGUGUGUCUCUGCAUGCCAAUGUGUCCAUGCUGGCUUUAGCUAUUAAGCUACUUAACAUCAACAUGUCAUGAUUCAGUGUGAGGAGGGAGAGGCAGUGUUGUUUUCACAUCAGAUGUUUACUGCAAAGCCUUAAAGUGUCAGGCUCAGCCUCAGAACCAUGGCUCUCUGGUUGCCUCCCAAACCACACCCUAUUCCCUAUAUAUUGCCCAGGGUCCUUAGUGCUCUGGUCAAAAGUAGUGCACUAUAUAGGGGAAAAAGGUGCCAUUUGGGACUUUGCCUUUAUCUCACAGCUCAGCACAGUUUUCAUCAACAUCUCAGUACCAUCAACUUACAAGCCAACAGACAUUUUGUGUCUUCACUUUAUAUCAUUUUUACACCGUUCGGCUAAAAAAAAUGAAACAUAUUCCUUAAAGAGGACAGGCGCUAAGUGAAGGUGACUUAUUUGUGAUGUACAUUUUCUGAAAUGGUCAAAUGUUUAUUUUUUUCUCCAGUUUUUGCCUUUUUUUAACGGACGUUUUAAAGCACUAUCCUGUUUCUCUGUGUCACAUGAGUGUUUUGCUGUUCCUUUGCUGCACUGCUGACACGCAUGAUGCACAGAGCACGUAUGUAAAUACUUAAAGCUCGAGCACAGAACACGUAUGUAAAUAUUCAGCCUUUUAAACGCUCAGAGCCUGUUGUUAUUCCAGUGGAUUUGACUUUUGUUUUGGCAGCUACCUUCCUGAGGACUUACCUGGUUCUUCCAUUUAAAUGGGAAGAUGUUCUAACAAUAGAUGGCUUAAAAAAGAAAAUAUACCAAUCUCUUAGGCUGACAUUCUUUUGCAUGCCUUAAUUUAUUUUAUUACCAGAUGUUUUUUUUCCUUUAAUCAUAAUUUAUAUCAUUUUGAGAUGUCUAUAUUUUGUUCCAGUUUAGCCUUUUGUGUCUUUUUUUCCCUCGAGGUGCACUGCGUGAAAAGACUUACUGACGUUAUGGAGGGUGCUCCUGUACAGAAAGACAGGUCAGAGGACUAUAGUCACUCUGGUCCAGGGUGUUAUGUCAGGCUUGCUGAGCCUUCAACAGCAAGCCACCUGCAACAACCUGGAGCAGAGCUUAAGACUGAAGAUUCUAAAGCUAGAUGUCAUUUUUCCUCUGGUAUUUGUAGUCUGUUAUUAUGGAGGAGUUUAUACAGUGUGUUUGAUACAGGAUUAUGUUUCAAACGUGUGUGUGUGUGUGUGUGUGUGUGUGUGUGGCGCUCAUGUAUUAGGUAACUGGACCAUGUGUUUGAGCAUAUGUUAGGUGUCUUUAAUGAGUGUGAGCUUGCAGAUUGGGCAGUGUGUCUGUCUGAACCAAUAAUUUAUAUAUACACUAGAUGACUGACGACAGGCGAGGUUUUGAAGCUACCAGCACUCCAUCUUGGCACUCUGUCUACAUCGCAAAAAAAAUAUUUUUGAAACUGUAGAAAGGCAUUUAUUCAUGUUUAGCUCACAAUUUAAAAGUAUGCAUUAAGUGUGUAAUAGAGUAAACAUACAAAUAAUUUGUUUUCCUUAAAGUAUACUUUAUUGAAAGUUCUAAUGCUACUGUUCCCAUUACUACAACAAAAAUACUUGUAAUUUUGUCCUGUGUAGAAUUUCAUUCAUUCCUAUGGAGGACUGCUUCUUCUGUGGUGUGCCAAUAUUACUGACCGGUGGCUUCAAAGCCUCUUACUGGCCAAUAGCAUUAGCAAUCCAGGGUUUGUAUACAUUAUUGGUCUGAACUGUGGUGUGUUCCUAAUAAGCUUGCAAGGCAUUGAGAGGGCCAGAAUGAGAGAAUGGAAGCUAAUGCUAACAGCUAACCCUGUUCUUAAAUGGUACAGACUGUAACUUGGGCCAUAAAGACUUGAAAUUCUUAAAUAUUUAGCACUAAGAUUAGCAAGGAAAAAUGUAGGAGGUAUUUUAUUUUUUACUUUGUUUUUUUUCUUGUACAUAGUUGUUUCUCAUACACUUCAUAUUUAUGCAUAAUGUACUUUUCUGUGUUUUUCUAGUGAUUUGUUCAUUUGUCAAGUGUACUUCUCAAGUAGAACUGCUCUAUUCAAACAACCCAGGUUUUCUCCAUAACAGUACUGCAAGAAUGCAGGAGAACGAGAGUGUGAAUCAAACUGGGAUACUCCUGUCCUGCUCCAAACAUGGGGUUUGUUGGAAAUGGCACCCUGUGUCCUAAAGUGCACUACUUUCGACUGGACUUCUAUGCGUCCUGGCAAAAAGAAGUAAACCAUACAGGGAGUAGGGUGUCAUUUGGGACACAACCUUGCUCUCUCGGUCCUGUCACUCUUGUAGUGCUGGGGAGGAACAGUCAUUUUUGUUCAUAAGCUAAAGUGGUUAACAAAGCACCAGGCUAAAUAAAGUCUGUCUUUGUUUUGUCACUGACGUGGCUACAACGGUCACAUAAGACCUCAAUGGUGUAUUUCUGACCAAUCAGAUGAGGCGAGACAGAAUCUAAAAAGACAUUCUUUUGGAGGUGGUCAACCGUGCCAAAGUUCCACUUCUGUUACCCAUUAUCAUCAUUCUACCUACCUCUCUUCUGCACUUAUCUCUACUCGUCUUUCCUUCCUUCCCCUUUUCAUUCUCUUCCCAUGAGGUCCUCUAUUGUGUCUCAGUAACUCGUCAGUGUUGAGAGAAACCUGACAGACUAGUGUUGAUCAUAGGGAUCAGGGUCAAGGUAUUAAAAGCGAUAUGACAUACUGUAUACAAGGUAUUUCUCUGUAUAUGGCUCUGGGUAUAGGUCAGUGUUUGGGGCUUCUCUUGUGCUAUGCCUUAUGCUCCGUAACAGAUUUUUGCAAUGCUGGAUAAAUGCUCUCGCUGUUUUUAUACCUUGCAGAAGAUGUGAGCAGCCUAGCUGUCGUCCCUCUUGAGGGCAUUAUGAGUUACUGUAGCAGAGACACUGAGUCGGUGGCUUCUUUCUCUGGAUCCCGUCAUCUUACUUGCUACAAAGGAUCCGCUUCUUUGUAUCUAAUCCUGUUAUUGUCUCUUUCACUUUGUUCAGGGAACAGUUUGAAGAGAUUAAUUAUGGAAAGCAUCCAUCACUGGAGCUGGUCUAGGAUCAGUGUUCUGGCUGUGUCCCAAAUGGCCACACCCUCUGUACAUAUUUAUUGUUAUUGCCUCUGAGGGGAGUGGGGGGAGGGAAGGGUAGGUUAGGGGGCUGCCGGGCAGUGUGCUGGCUAUACCCGGUCACAAGUGGUUUGGUUUACACCCCCAGCUGACCUGUGAGGAGGGCAAGGACCUCCCUCACCCUUCCUACUGCCUCUGUAUAGUUUUUUUCUUCUUUCAAAUGACUAUAUUCACCACUACACAAUUAGUAAUGUGGACUAUUACAUUUUUGCAGUAUUCAUAUUUGUGCCUUUUUCCCUCGGUUUUCACUUUGCAUUCUUGCUUGAAAGAUACAGUAAAGGUUUGGAUUGUUUUUGAACUGAAGUUAGAGUGCACUUUUCUAAUUCAUUUAUUUAUUUUUUCAGUCAGUUGCUCUGAUUAAGACGCACGAUACGUUUCCAUGACAAUGGGCUGAGUAGGUGUGUAUCAAUGAUUGUCUGUAAUACAUUUUUCUGCUAUUCAGAGGUCUGGCUGCUUGGACCAUGUACAAUCCUCUUGAAUCCUCAGCUCUCCAGUCUCCUCAAUAUGCUCUGCUCUGUUUGAACAAAGAGUCAUAACUGGAGCCAGAGGGCAGACUCUCGCUUUACUACCGUCCGCCAGGAAGUGCAGAAUGACGCAGAGGAAGUAGUGACUUUUUAAAAUUAGUGUCACCUGGUCUACAAAUCAUAAAUUCUCAUUUGAGGUCAGGCAUAUUCAUUUCGACUUUGUGGGUUUGUAAUUUUUAGAUUGUUCGGAGGACUCAUUUGUGAAAAUAAAAGACCUUUAUUCGUUGUAGCGCCUUCUCAUGCGCCACACACCUUCUCGCAGUUCUGUCUUGUUCUGCAAUUUUGUUGCCUAUAGUCAUGUGCUAUAAUUCCCCCCAGACAUCAGACAACUUUUUACAUGGUGAAGCCGACCGGUUAGCCAUCUUGUCAAUCUUCCACAAUCUUUGGUAUAACAGCCAGUAAAAGAGUACUAGAGUUGAACUGUUAGACUUUGUAAAGUUGUUUUUCUUUUUGUCAACAAUAAACAACUUCAUUGCCAGGUUCUGGGAAACA